ACAAAAAGGAACAGGGAAGGACACAGGACCUGUUGGAUCUCUCCGUCUGACAUCCUUCAGAUUUAGCAACAUGAUGGAUCUUUUGUUUUUCUUCUCGCUAGCUGCUUUCUUCCCUGUUUCUGAGUCAUGGAGAACAUACUGGAAUGCAAUAGAAGGUGAAGCUUUCGUCGUAAAGUGUCCUCCCUUAGACUCUCCUGUGAUUUGGCAUCUCGGUGACAUGAACAUCUCCACAGACCCAGGAGCGCGAGUGCAUUCUUCUGGGAGGGACCUUUGGUUUCUGCCAGCAACAGCCAAUGAUUCUGGAACUUAUACUUGUGCCACAACUAUGUAUCUUUCUAAUGUGUCUAAAACUCUGAAGGUGACAAUACAUCCAAGCGAAGAAGGCAUUUGUUUUUAUGAGGAUUCUCUCUAUUCAGGAUGUGUUGGAAGUCCUGGAUCAGGACACAUUUAUUGUCCUUCUUUUUAUAACUAUGAGAAUGCAACUAUUUUCAAGUGGUACAAGGACUGUAAAGAACUUCAUGGGCCAAGAUACAAAACAUUUCGUGAUGUACUUGCCAUUAAUGAAGCCAAUGUAAAUGAUAUCGGGAACUAUACUUGCAAAUUUACAUACAGCCAUGGUGGAAGAAACUUUACUAUAUCUGCAACAAGGGGUUUUAGAAUUGCAAAACACUCUAUACGGACAGAGCUUGUAGUUUGGCAUCCAAAAGGCAAUACAGUUAAGGAGGUAAAGAUUGGUUCUCCUCUGAACGUUACAUGCAAGGCAUGGCUAGGUAAUGGAAAGCAAACCAUGGCUGGCAGUUCUUGGAAAUAUAAUGGGGAGGAACUUCCUGAACACUUUGUUAGUUGCAGUCGAGAGUACAUGGAACCCAAUGGGCUGUUUACAGAGGCCAUAUUAAGUACCAGUAAAGUAGAGAGAGAACACCUUGGCUUGAAUUUCACGUGUGUUAUGUUCAAUGAUGUGGGGUAUAAAACAGUCAGUAUAACGUUGUCCGAAGGUUCUACUGGAAGUGGAAAAUAAAUUCAGAUAUAAACUGUGUAUUUAUGGGAGAGAUGGGUUGCCUGGAGAAGCUCUACGAUCUACAGUGGGGGCUCUCUUCCAAGUCUCCGAUUCUAUGACCCUCCAGAAAGAUGUGCAACAG